AUCCGUUAUGGAACAUUCGACUGCAGGUUGUAAACGCGAAUCCCAAGCGUUUUACAGCAUAAAAGGUUGUUUGUUUACAUUUCCGCAAGGGUUGUGCCGGGAAAACCAUUUCUCUUGCCUUUGCGGUGGAUUUAUAAGCCGCUGGACGCUAAUUUAUAGGCCAAAUACAUUCAAAAGAGUGUCCAAACCUCAACAAUGGUGGACGUGAAAAAGUUUAGUGAUAUCGACAUUUACGGACUGCUGGAGGUGGACAUCGCGGCCACAGAGCAAGAGAUCCGUAAAGCGUACCGUAAAAAAGCCUUACAAUGCCAUCCGGACAAAAAUCCCGACAACCCGAAGGCGGCCCAGCUCUUCCAGGAGCUUUCAAAGGCGCUGGAAAUAUUGAUGGACGUAUCGGCACGCUCUGCCUACGACCGGCUGCUAAACGCAAAGAAAGCCGCCCAGCUGAGAACGAAACAGUUGGACAGCAAACGGCAAAAGCUGAAAGCAGAUCUGGAGGAACGGGAGAGGCAGGCGAAGGAAGCUGCCAAAGGAGGCUACAAAACGGCCAGCAACAAAACACCCGAAGAACUGUUCCAGGAAGAAUUUGAACGGCUGCGCAAGGAAGGCUCAAAGUUAAUACAGGAAGAGCAAGAGCUUAUGCGCCGGCAGCUUCAGGAAGAGCUGCGCAUGAUGCAAACGGCAAGUACACCAAGCUGGGAUUCGUCACAACAUCGGAUAAAAAUUCGCUGGAAAGCGGAGAAGAGCGACACCACAAACGGUGGCUACACGGAAGAAAUGUUGCGCAAAUUUCUCACCAAAUACGGUGAUCUGAUCGCGCUCGUGAUGAGUCCGCGCAAGAAUGGAAGCGCGUUGGUAGAGUUCCGCACGAAAGAUGCUGCCGAAAUGGCGAUGACGUACGAGAAAGGUCGUCUAGACAAUCCGUGCACGUUGGAAUGGGUCGGAGAAGCACCGGCAACGGGAAAGUCGAAAACUGUUCCCGGCGGUGGAGCUGGUAGUACCGUCACGGAACGAGAUUACGAAAGUCUGGUGUUACGGCAGCUACGACAAGCAGAAGAGCGCAAACGAUUGAUUGAACAGAUGAUGAAGGAAGAGGCCGAAGCGGCAGAAGGUGAACCGGUUCAGUAAGCACACAUACAUUUGUAAGGACUUUUCAUUUUC